AUGUGGGCCUGGCUGUGGCUAGUGACAGCGGUGCUGCUCCCUGUAGAUGCCUGGGCCACCACAUUCAAGGUGGCGCUAGUGGGGCCGUGGACGUGUGACCCCAUGUUCUCCAAAGCUCUUCCGGACAUGGCUGCCCGGCUGGCUAUGGCACGCAUCAACAAGGACCCCUAUAUCAACAAAGGAUACUGGUAUGACUACACGCUCGUGAGCGAGGACUGCUCGACGUCGCGUGGCAUCGAGCGCUUCGCCGACCUCAAGGGCUACGGCCACGCCUUCUUCGGCCCGUUUAACCCUUCGGUGUGCUCGGCUGCGGCGCUGCUGACCAAGAACUGGCACUCGGCCCUGCUAUCACCGGGCUGCUUGGAGCCCAACACGCAUGUGCCCGACGAGGAGGACAGGUCCUACUACCCGGCCCUGCGGCCGCGCUCGGCAUACGCCACCUUCUCUCGUCCCAUGCCCCUUUCUGCAAACGUACUCUUCCAGGUGUUGCGCUUCUUCCGCUGGGCGCAUGUUGGCAUCAUAACGGAUCAGACGGACCUGUGGGAGGCGACGGGCCAUGAGCUGGCCUCCUCGCUGCGGGGACUGGGGCUGCCCGUGGAGGCGGUGGCCACCAUGGAGUCCGAUGACGAGGGACCCCGACGGGCACUCAAGACCAUUAGGGACAAGGACGGGGUCAAAGUGAUCAUCAUGUGCAUGCACUCGGCCCUGCUGGGCGGCUCGGAGCAGCGGCGGCUGCUGACCACCGCCUCCUACAUGCAGAUGAUCUACCGCGGCUACGUCUUCAUCCCCUACGACACGCUGCUCUACUCCCUGCCAUACGGGGGCGACGUGGAGUACCGCACGCUGACCAACGACGACGAGCUGCGGCGGGCCUACGACGGCGUGCUCACCAUCACGCAGGACCAAGGGGACAAGAACUUCUACGAUGCCUUCAGAGACGCGCAGGCCAAACGGGAGAUACGCAGCUCGGCCGUGCCAGAGCAGGUGUCUCCUCUGUUUGGCAGCAUCUAUAACUCGCUGUACUACAUUGCCAUGGCGGUGGAGCAGAUGCGCGUGGAGACACGGCGAUGGGUCACGGGAGAGCUGCUGGCCAGGAGCAAAGGCAGCUUCGAGUUCGAGGGCUUCAACCAGAAGGUGUACGGAGGAGACGAGGGCAUGGGGAUGCAGGUCCGCUACGCCGUACUGGACACUGACGGCACAGGUGGCAAGCUGAGGCGCACCCACAUGCUGGAGGCGUCCCACACGCACACACGCUACGGAGGCCUCAAGUACAUGGGCCAGGCCAUACACUUCGCAGGCAGCACCCCCAAUACAGACUCCUAUUGUUGGUUCAGCCCCUAUCAGUCCUGUGGUGCAGGUUUGGGUACAUUGACUCUCUUAUUCCUGUUCGUGCUGAUCUGCGCAUUGGCUGGUGGUGGAGCUGCAUUUUUCAUGAAGAACAAAGGUCGGCUGGGCUCCCUGGUCUCUGCCUUCACUAGCGGUGGUAAUGGAGGAUCCUCAAAGAUUCUUCUCACCCUAGACGACGUCAUCUUCAUCAAUACCAACGUCAGCAGAAAGAAGUUGAAUGAGGACAGCAUCAUGAAGAGUUCCCUGGAUGUGAAGACGCCGUACCGCUCCGUCUGUGGCCGCAGCUACAUCAACUCCACGCCCGAGUCAACAAAUAUAGGCCUUUAUGAGGGCGAUUGGGUGUGGCUGAAGAAAUGUCCCAAGGGGGAACAAGUGGCCUCCAUCACGCCAAAGGCCACCACCCUCAUUACCCAGUUGCGGGACAUGCGUCAUGAGAAUCUGAACCUGUACGUGGGUCUCUUCCUGGAUGCCAAGAUCUUUGCCUUGGUUACGGAACACUGUAGCCGUGGCAGCCUGGAGGACCUCUUGGCCAAUCAGGACAUGAGGCUGGACUGGAUGUUCAAGAGCUCCCUAAUGAUGGAUCUCAUCCGGGGGAUGAGGUAUCUGCACUGCCGGGGCAUCAGUCACGGGCGCCUGAAGUCUCGUAACUGUGUGGUGGACGGACGCUUCGUGCUGAAGGUGACCGAGUAUGGCUACCCUAGCGUAGCAGAAGCCCAGAACAUCCCCCUGGAAGACACUAAGCCUGAAGAGAUGUUGUGGACGGCCCCCGAGCUUCUGCGCAGCCCCAAGCCGAGCGGCUCCUUCGCCGGAGACGUCUACAGCUUCGCCAUCAUCGUACAGGAAGUCAUCACUCGAUCCGCCCCCUACUGCAUGAUGGACAUGCCUGCCAAAGAGCUCCUCCAGAAGAUACGCUCGCCCCCGCCCCUGUGUCGACCGGAGGUGUCCAUGGACGACGCCCCUCUGGAGUGCAUUCAGCUGAUGAAGCAGUGCUGGAGCGAAGACAUGGACAAGAGACCCACCUUCGAGGAGAUCUUCAAACAUUUUAAGCAGAUCAACAAGGGUAAGAAAACCAACAUCAUCGACUCCAUGCUGCGCAUGCUGGAACAGUACUCCUCCAACCUGGAGGACCUGAUCCGGGAGCGGACGGAGGAGCUGGAGGUGGAGAGGCAGAAGACAGACAAACUAGUGGCCCAGAUGCUGCCCAGGACGGUGGCCCAGGCCCUGAAGAUGGGGAAGCAGGUGGAGCCGGAGCACUUUGCUGACACCACGCUGUACUUCAGCGACAUCGUGGGCUUCACCACCAUCUCGGCCCUGAGCGAGCCCAUCGAGGUGGUCGACCUGCUCAACGACCUCUACACCACCUUCGACGCCAUCAUCGCACAGCACGACGUCUACAAGGUGGAGACCAUCGGAGACGCGUACAUGUGUGCGUCGGGCGUCCCCAACCGUACCGAGAAGCACGCGGCCGAGGUGGCCAACAUGUCUCUGGACAUCCUACAUGCCAUCGGAACCUUCAAAAUGAAGCACAUGCCCAGCGUCAAGGUCAAGAUCCGCAUCGGGCUGCACUCAGGGCCUGUGGUAGCAGGUGUGGUGGGGUUGACCAUGCCCCGCUACUGUCUCUUUGGAGACACUGUCAACACCGCCUCCAGAAUGGAGUCCACUGGACUGCCGUACCGAAUCCAUGUCAAUGUGAGCACAGUAGAGCUUCUGAAGAUACUGAAUAUGGGCUUCCAGUUUUCUACCAGAGGCAGCACAGAACUGAAGGGUAAAGGGGCUGAAGAGACAUACUGGCUCAUUGGCAGAACAGGCUACACCAAAGUGUUACCUGAGCCACCAGACCUCGUCGGCGGGGCUAGCAACCAUGGCAUCGCUUUGGAAGACCUACCACCAGAUCGCAGACAGAAGUUUCUGGAACGACAGAAAAGGAAUAAAUGAAAGAAAAGAAAAG